UCGAUGAUAGUACAAUCGAUAGUUUUGCAGCUCUAGAAGAGACGUCCAGUGAAAAAUUUGUGCUUGAUUUAUUAUUGCCUAACUGCAAAAUUUGUGAAAAAUACUGCAAAAUCUCUAAAGUUUUACCGGUUUAUUCGGAAAAUGCCACGAAGACCCGUGUGGCAGACGUUUAUUGACGCUCCUUUUGGACUUUUGCUUGAGGCGUAGAAUCAUCAGCUGUGCCACCACAUCAUCACUAGAAGUCGCUAUAGAGCCAACUGUGUUUCCUGGACACAACGAAAAUAAAUAUUGGAAGAAGCUUUGAGUUUUACCAGGCAAAGAUAGUUUUUAUGUAGCUGAGGGAAGCGGUUAACUAUUUGUGGUCUCCAUACCCGCCGAAUCAACAGAAGGAGACAGUGUAUCGAAAGGAAUUGGUUUGCGGUUUAUACCAUGGCAGACAAUAGCCAUAAUGGAGGCGAAACCCCAGACCAAGCGCCAUCGCCGCCCCAACAACAGCAGGCAGGCGUAAAUAAUCCUCCCACAGCAAAUGUGAACGUCCCGAAUAUUGCGAAUGUUUGGAAUGUCGAUUUAACUGCAAAUCCAUUUAACUUUAACAAUAAUCGUAAUCGUGGUGGGCAAAACAACCUGAUGAACGUACGUGAUCGACUCUUUCAUGCAAUUUUCUUUAAGGUUGCCCUUAUGUAUGCACAAAUAUUUCCAAAGCCUCUUCAGCGCGCCUUAGAGUACUUCAUUUUACUUAAAGCACUUUUAUUCUUCUUCGCUUUGGUUUAUAUUCACCUGGCGUUCAUUAAAAACCCGGCAACCUGUCUGCAAAACGUAAAAGAUUGGCCUCGAGAUGGAGUUUUAAGAGUUGAAGUAAUUCCAAAUCUAGAGAAACAUCGUGAUUUAAUGUCUAAAACCAAAGCCAACGAACAGUUAGUUCGUUACCUUCAAAAUUACUAUCAUUAUGGUAUUGGGCCUCAGACUAAAGUAAACCAUUAUCGCUUAAAGGAAUAUGAACGCAAACUAACUCGAGCUGGUUAUCAAUUGCGACCUACAUUUACUUACGCAAAUGAGACAUUAAUUUACUACUUUAAAACAGAGGCGAUAUCUGAAAAAGCUGGGGCGUCAAACGAUAUCGAAGAGAAAGUGGAUAAGCAGGAAACCGACGACGAUGAGCAGUAUAUUGUGGAGUAUUCAUUAGAAUAUGGGCACUUGCGUUUAUCAUCAUCAACGCGUAAGCGUUUGAAAAUACCCGUACGCGUAGUACAAUUGGAUCCAAUGACUGAUAAAUGUUUUGGCGAUAAAUUUAGCAAAUUUUUACUUAAACAGCUUUUGGGAUAUGAUGACCUGCUAAUGGCAUCAGUGCGAGUAAUAGCCGAAAAAGAGGAUAAUAAAGGGUAUUUGCGAAAUGUCAUAACCGGCGAACAUUAUCGCUUUGUCUCAAUGUGGUGGGCUGCGUGGAGUUCAUACCUAACCGCAUUUUUUGUAAUGGUGCUUUUUGUAAGUAUUUUCUGCACCUUUAAUUUGAGUAAAUUCUCAUAAAUGAUA